CUGAUCGUUUUCGUUGGUUUCUGUGUAUGUCCUUCAGAACCUUAACAUCUGCAUUUCUUGAUAUUUCCAUUUUAAACAUGACCAUGAAGGGAAAAGGGAGGAGAUCAGGGCGGUAGAGAAGGUUUUCAGAUUUCAUGCAUGAUCUGUUGCUUUUCUUUUUCUUAACAAGGGAAAUGGGGAUCCUGUGGAGCUACCUCUGGCGUGAUGAGAAACAAACCCGUGUCUAGUGGAUGCUGAGGAAUUUGGAAGCCAAACUGCAGAAAAGAAACCAAUAAUAUAGGAAGGAGAAUUCUUGUCUACGUGUCAAUCCUACAGAACCCUUCAAUUUGGAUCAGAAAGGAAAAAAAAGUCAACUAUCCAUAUUGCAGUUAAAUAUUCAUAUAAUUGUCAAAAUGGAGGAGAAAGCAUAUAAAUGCCCUGAAUGUAGAAAGAGCUUCGCUCAGAGUAGACAUCUCCUUUUACAUCAAAGAAUUCAUACUGGGGAAAAACCCUAUAAAUGCCUGGAGUGUGGAAAGAGCUUCAUUGGGCGUGAAUAUCUACGCUCACAUCGAAGUACACACACAGGGGAGAAACCCUAUAAAUGCCUGGAGUGCGGAAAGAGCUUCACUCAUAGUUCAAGUCUAUGUUCACAUCUAAGGACUCACACUGGGGAGAAACCUUAUACAUGCCUGGAGUGUGGAAAGAGCUUCCCUAGUAGUGGAAAUCUACGUUCACACAAAAAGACUCACACUGGGGAGAAACCCUAUACAUGCCUGGAGUGUGGGAAGGUCUUUGGUCAUAGUUCAAGUCUGUAUUCACAUCAAAGAAUUCACACUGGGGAGAAACCUUAUACAUGCCUGGAGUGUGGAAAGAGCUUCCCUAGGGGUGGAAAUCUACGUUUACAUCAAAGGACCCAUACUGGGGAGAAACCUUUUACAUGCUUGGAGUGUGGAAAGAGCUUCCCGAGUAGUGGAAAUCUACGUUUACAUCAAAAGACCCAUACUGGAGAGAAACCCUAUAAAUGCUUGGAGUGUGGUAAGAGCUUCUCCCAGAGUGGAUACUUACAUAUACAUCAUAGAACCCACACUGGAGAGAAGCCCUAUUCCUGCCAGGAAUGUGGAAAAAGCUUCACUCAGAAAUCAGGUCUUUCUACACAUCAAAUAACUCAUACUGGGGAACAGCCCUAUAAAUGCAUGGAGUGUGGGAAGAGCUUCACUCAGAGUGGACAUUUACAUGAACAUCGACGUAGUCACACUGGGGAAAAACCUUAUAUAUGCAUGAAGUGUGGAAAGAGCUUUGAUCGCAGUUCACAUCUACGUUUGCAUGAAAGAACACACACUGGGGAGAAACCCUAUACAUGCCUGGAGUGUGGAAAGAGCUUCACUCAGAGAGGAGCUCUAAAUGCACAUCAAAGAACUCACACUGGGGAGAAACCCUAUACAUGCAUGGAGUGUGGAAAGAGUUUCACGUUGAGUGGCAGUCUACGUUCACAUCAAAAAACUCACACUGGGGAGAAAGCCUAUACGUGCCUGGAGUGUGGGAAGAGUUUCCCUUUCAGUGGCAGUCUACGUUCACACAAAAAGACUCACACUGGGGAGAAACCCUAUACGUGCAUGGAGUGUGGAAAGAGCUUCACUACAAGUAGCCAGCUAAAUAGACAUCAAAGAACUCACACUGGAGAGAAACCCCAUACAUGCCUGGAGUGUGGAAAGAGCUUUGCUCAUAGUGUAAGUCUACAUAUACAUCAAAGAACUCAUACAGGAGAGAAACCCUAUAAAUGCAUGGAGUGUGGAAAGAGCUUCGCUCAAAGUGCAUCCCUACGUUCACAUUCUAGAACUCAUACUGGAGAGAAACCCUACACAUGCCUGGUGUGUGGAAAGAGCUUCACUCAGGGGGGACAGCUAUAUAGACAUCAAAGAGCACACACUGGAGAGAAACCCUAGAAAUGCCUGGAGUGUGGAAAGAGCUUUGUUUUCCGUGGAGGCCUACGUUCACAUCUUAGAACUCACACCGUGGAGAAACCCUAUAAAUGCACAGAGUUUGGAAGAAAGCUUCUCUCAGAGUGAAAACGGCAUUCCCAUCAAAGAACCCGUACAGGAGACACUGGGAUUUGACACCUGAGGGACUCUGUGAGAAGUGAACACAAAGCUUUGAUAAAUGGAAAUGUGGGCAUAAUGUGGGGGUCUUGAAGAAAAACCUAGAAAUGUUGGACUCAAAAUACAUUAGAGACUGAAAGAAAUUGCUAAGAUUACGUUCACGACA